CACCAUCCUAACAUGGACUGCCACAGCGAUGACCGAUUGGAGAGAGCGUGGCUACGUGCCAGACUCCGAUGAUGAGGAAGAGGCCGAAAGCAUCAAUGUUGGGCUGGGAGUCGAGCCGGUGGGCAAUGUCACGGAGCCCAGGAUCGACGCCGUUGCCGUCCAGUCGCCAAAUGCUUCUGCCGCCAGGUUCGACAACGAGUCAGCGAUAACCGACGACAAUAUCGCCAGCAAGUCACAAAAGAGGCAUAAUCCCAGCACCGGAACUGUUGUUUCACCUCAACACCAGAUCGAUGUACACAUUGGAGUACCGGCUAACGACCACAAUAUCCAAAAUCCUCGGUCUGUAGCGGAUGAGCCAAUAUCAUUUCCGGCACACGCUGCUCAGUCAACCGCUGUUCGUCUCGAGGUCGAACUGCAGAGAGGUUUGCAAACCGUUCAGGAUUUGCUGGCGAAUGUGUAUGAUGGAGUAGAAGACGACACCGACAGCCCUCUUUCAUCUCUCCAUUCCUCACCAGAACGUUCUCCUCGCCAAUCCUUUUCUCAACGUGGCACUGCACCUUCCAGCAUUGUGGGAUCAUCCGAUGCUCCGCUCAACCAGAGCCUGGUAGAACAUCUGGUGAGGAGAUCUUUUAGACCGCGAAAUCCGAUUCAACUGCAUCCGUACGCGCUCGAGGAUGCCAAAUAUCGCCAGAGCUUGAAGGAAAGGGGCCUGCAACCUGUUCGAGUGCCAAACGAGGCCCCGAAACCAUCAAAUGCCACUGAUGACGAUUCUCAAGGCAUGGAUGUAUAUGAAAGCAGUCAAGCGCAGAAGUCGGACGAAGCUCUGAAUCCUUCCAGCCCAUUGCAAGAAAGGACGGAUGAGGAGUCUCAGAGCCCUGUACGUGUCGCACGAGGUCGAUUACACACCUUUGACGCGUUGUUCGACGACGAUCUUCCGGAGUUGUCGGAUCUCUUGAGAGGCCGUAUGGCCCAACGUCUUGUAAAAUCCACCAAGGGAUUGAAGGUUGCCAAGCCUGACCCAAAACCGUCCUUAACAGAUGUCAACGACGAAUUCCGAGUCUAUGAUCUUCCCGGGGAUGAAGAGACCAUUAGCAAGAACCCGAGACAACGUAAACCAGGGUUUAUCAUUCCACCUUCGCCCCCUGGAUCUCGCAGUACUCUUUCGUCUCAAGACACUUCGAGAUCAAGCAACCAUGCACCGUUACCAGGCAGCACUACGCCUGCGCUUCUUCCAACUCCGUUAUUCUCCUCAGACAAGCAGGGGUUGAAAAGGUUCAUUGACCCUCCAAGUUCGUCUGACUCGGAGGCGGCCGCCGAAAGUGAUGGCAUUGACGGCUCCGGUCUUUCUUCUGAAAGCUCCGAUGAUGAUCGUCAAGGUGCCCAAGGGCUUCGACGCAGAAUCAAAGGCGUACUGCCUGCUUCUUGGCUGAAGCUGGACCUCAAAAAACAGCAGGUCAAAGAUGUUGAGAAGAGGCAUGGGCGAUCACCAGUCAAAAAUGCCUUGGACAAAGGACUUGCGAAGCGCGUUCCCAGAUCCAAACAGCAAAGCGAAGCAGGGAGAUAUUUGCAACCAAUGACUGACAUGCUCGAUGUUUCGGCUGAGAGUGAGUCGGAUGAACCUGUAAUAGCUGAUGUCACUGAGCUCUAUGGCGACGGGAGAGACGGUUUGGUCGACGACGUGAUCGAGGACAACUCUAUUGAUGCUAUGCUUGUUCCAAGAGCUCGAAACCGCUUAUCUGGUCGGAAGAAACAGCAAAGAUUACAGGAAGCUUGGGCAAAUCCGACUUCUGCGCCUAGUACUAGAAGGCAUGAGCCUGUUAUACAUGCUCGUCAAAGUGUCAGAUCGAGCAUUAACGCCACUUCGAAGCACAAUCCACGCACGCGCAAGCGUGUCAAGAAGAAACACAAAAUGCCGCAAAUGACUAUUCUGGAUGCUCCCGGAUUCAAAGAGAAGGAGGUGCCCCAAUUUCUCAGGAUUGCAGGAAGACGCAAAACAAAAUGUGCUGAAAGCAUUGCACAAGAGCCGUCAAGGAAGUUCUUCAAAUUGGCCACGAUGCAGGAUAGCACAGAUGUGAACAAAGAGUUAGACCUUUGGAGAAGAAGAGGCAACAGGAGAUUCGAUUCUGUUGCUCAGAGCACAAGCUGCAGUCCCUCUCACACUCAGGCACGCCCUGAAGCGCGAUCCAUCAACAACAGAAGCGAGGAACACGUUGGCGAAACUGCAUCUGAGCUUGAUUCUCUCAAGCUGGCUACCAGGUCGACUCUUCAGCGGAUCCGCAAAAGCCAUCAAAGCCGAUACUCGCAGCCAGCUGUUCCCUCGGAUCGACCCAAUCCCCCUGCUUCCGUCCUUGACUACUUCGCACCUCGAACGCGACAUCGCAAUGGGCUCUUAGUCGGUGGACAACGGCCAUACUUUCUGGGCCAAAACCAGACUGACGAUGCUGGCAGUCUGCCCCACCCGGUCUCGACUUUGAGACGCGUACCAAGGCCUGCAAAGAAAAGAGUCGACAUUCAUACGACAGCUCUAGCACCCGAAGCUUGUUUUCCGCGUCCUACACAAGCCCGUAGGCGCAAGACGCAGCCUCAAAGAAAACAUUCCCCAGAGAAGUCUCGCAGCGUCGAUGAUGAUGUUCUGCACGAUGAGAAUGCUGGAAGCGAUCUUGUACGAGGUUCGAAUCCUGAUGGUAGUCGACACACGCGCCCGUUCUACGACCCUUUCACAAUUUACAGUGACCUCCAGAGCCCUCCAAAAACCACGUCACUUCAAAAGAAGAUGCUUUCGCCAGCAUUGAAAUUUGCACAGGUCGGACUGCUUCCAAAGACAAUGGCAGCUAUGACUGAUCUAAACCGGAUGUUUCAAGCCACGGACGCAUACGUAUUGGUCGUGGCACCGAGAACGGAGCAUGCCGUCCGCUGCAGUCACUGGUGUCCAGCCGCGAAAGCAAUUAUGCAUCAAGCUUUCACCGAAAUCCUAUCCAUCAUCCUCGAUGAGACUAAUUCCCAACACAGCACUACUUUGCUGCGAAAGGCUACGCAUUCAGUCCAGUCUGUGGUCGCCUAUAUCAGCGACAGCCUCUAUUUCCAGGAUCACACCGAUUUAGAGGACUUCAUUACGUACACUCUGAAAGAGCUGGACACAUUUCAACUUUCCGUCAGCUCUUAUGAGCACACCAAAGCAGCGUCGGACGGUGUGGGACUUCUUUCCAUCCUCAACGGCUUGGUGGUAGUCGGGUAUCAAAUCUCCAGGCUUGCCACAAUCGAAGGGGGCGUUGAUGUCAUCAAGAGUACCGACAUUCUGCGGAAGUUCGCCGUGCUUUCAUUUUCUCUUGCAUUCCGCAAAGAGCGCCUCAGGGCGCUAAAUCUCAGCAUCAACUAUCAUUCUGAGAACGAGUUUGCGCUGGGUACAGCACUUACGGAAUGCGCCGCGGCAGAAAUUGAGACGAUCGCACUCAUUCACAAGCUUGACCUCAGCCAAGCAUGCAUAGCUGGUCUGAAUGGGAUUGUAACUGGCCGCUCCAUUCACGGCUCGCUCGAGAAGAAUCCAGCAGACACGCUUGGGUGUACCAUUUUGAUCCUGGCUUGCUUCUACACUGUCCUUGGUGAAGAUGAGCUCUCACAGUGCGACGACGAUGAUGAUGCCAGCAACUCUCUUAUCGGAUUGGGAUUUUCAGCUCUUUCAAAUGCGGUCAACAUGUUCGUUCCAUUCUCUCUCAAUGAGCAACGCCUGAGAAGAAAGGAGCGACCCUAUGUGUCCAGCCUCCAACGCUUUGGUGUUCUGGCAUUCCAGUGGUGCCUCUUCCUUGCACGUACAGUAAACACAGGUGUUGCCGACAAUCUACUAAGAAAAAUGUUCAAGCAUUAUUCUAACAAGACAAACAACAUGCUCAAUUUCUUCGGCCAAAGUCGCUUCGGAACUCCGCUAUUUCUAGACCGCCAGCUCCAUAGCUCUGAGUUGGUCCCUGAAUUUCAUGAUACGGAUUUCGACGUGUUUCUGAAACUACUGGCCUUUACCCUAGGUUUUGCUGCGACCACCGACUACGACGAUGAUGCAAGAGAACGAAGAAUUCUUAUGCGCAAGCGAUCCUUGAUCUUCAGCCUAUUGCCGAACAACGGUCCGGACGUCGAAGCUGACAAGCCGUUGCAUACUGUGGAUUAUCAUGCAAUGGCAAACCGCUAUUUGUUGUUUGUGACAUUGUACCACUAUUCUCCCGUGGGACUCAAGCCUGAGCUCUCUCACAUCAGCAGUCUUGUGGAGUUUGGAAACGCGCACUCCGCGGUUUGUGGCGUCGUCCUAGAUUGUUGGUUCAGGAUUGCCAAAUCGGUCGUCUCACAAUCGAUGUAUACGUCGGAGUUACAGCAGCUUGGGUCGUGGGUUCAAGACAUGGUAUUCCAGAUCCACGACAAAAUCGAGCUUGUCCCAGCCACCCCGAAUUUCUUCGACGACGUCGAAAGAUGCCGACAAAAUCGCCAUAGCGCAAAUGCAAUGAUCUGCAGAAUUGCGAGAGUUUACGCCGACGCGAUUGACCUCUGCGUGAACGAAACCCAAGCGCAUAAGCUCCUUACUGGAGACCGGAUGACGGACUUGAUCAAUCUCUGUGAUGUCUCCCUGAAGCUGGACGAUGGCACAACAAGCACCAUACUCGAUGUUGUCACAUCCUACCUUAGAAAAUGUCGCACUAUCAGCGGUCUUGUUGCCGAGCUUCACCAGCAAUUGCGAAAAGUUAUUGUUGCGCAACUCGGCCGUGAUCUGUCUCUGGAUGACAAUUUGCUAGUCUCCCUUGUAGAGGUGUGGUUCGCCAUUGCCGAACUGAUGAUUCACAGAGGCAAUGAGGACUGGGAUCAGUACUUGUCUAACUGGGGCCCCCACUCCUUUGCAAGACUUGCUGGGAAUGAAACAGGGAAACAUUGUCACAUCCUCUUUAUGAGCAAAGUGGCUGCUGACAAGAAAUACUUGAACUCGAGUGCUUAUGAGUUCCUCGAACUAUGGUUGUCCUCCAUUCUGAAGCCUGUCCACGAAAUCAAGUUCGAGCAUACCUUGACAAAUGAGUUGAUACGAAAUGCGCCAAACCUGCUUGCACUGGCUGCUCUACGCUCAGGGAUUCCAAACGGUACGCCGGAGUCCCUGUUCACACGCGAGGACCUGAUCCAGCAACGUCUUGCCAUCAUCCGUCACGUUGUCCAUCAGAUCUAUCUUCUGCAGGAAGCAGAGGAUGGGCGUAGUGAGCAGGGCCUGACCAAGAUGAAGGCGCUGCUAUUACUGCCAGUCAUCCAUACAGGCAUGAGGAAUACAUGGGAACAAACGCCAGCAGAGAAAAGGAGUGCAUUGGCACUCUUGAUGCACGGGUUUGCGUUCGAGCUCAACAGAUACCCUUCUUUGAACUUCAAGGUCGAUUCCUGGUACAUCGAUCAUGCUAUGACUUUCCAGGACAGGGUGGUUCAGCUUGCAGGUCUUUUCAUUCGCAAAGGAGAAAGUCCUGAUCAGCUGAAUGAUGAGUAUGCUGUUCACUUCUUCCGCAGUGCUUGCGACCUUGCAUGCGCCAGUCAACAAGAGAAGGAGCUUGUUGAGCUCCUCGGCACAACGUUUUCUGCCGAUGAUGUCGCUUACAUUGACGACGAUGGUCAAUUCCGCUUGGAUAUCCAAGCACAGUUCCUUUUCAUCAAGGCGGUCUUUCCAGUGUGGAUUGAGCGGGCCUUCACCCCAGUCCUGAUCCCUGGUCUGAUUAUAGUCAGACCUGUGGUAGCAAUUGCCAUAACUGUCCUCGACAGACUGGAACAGCGGGUAGAUCUGGAGGACCAGGUUCAGAUGGAGCAAUUUGCCGACAUGGUUGUGGCCCUGCUCAUCGCCGUCGGCAAAGCAUUGCGGUGCACUCGUUGCGAAUUUCGCCACCCCACAAGCAAACUAGAACUGCUCGCAGACCUCGUUCUUCUUUGUGCGAAGGUCUGCAGUCGCUGGGCGCACUUGCACCAGCUCUUCCCGACUUCUGAACGUAUUCUCGCCUUGCAGCCUUACAUCCAGACAUAUGGGAUGUAUACCUAUGAGUAUGCUUGCUCGGCCGUGGAUCUCCAGUGCAAACCCUCGGAUCCGAAGUUCUGGAACAAGUAUCGGGACGGCCCAAUGCGAGCAGCGAAGGACUUUGGGUUUUACCUGAUAGAACCCGAGUUCUCUGACCAAGAAGAGGUGAAUCGUCUCAAAGAAUGCGCCACUAACGACCUCGAAAACUCCUGCAAAGCCAACUGGCAUCCGCUAAAGAUAGAUGCCAAUGGAGUCACAAGAUUUCGUUUCAAGCACCCAGGUGGUGGGCUUGUCGAGAUUGAGCCACAUGAGGCCACCGACGCCGAAAGCAAAUUCCAGGUGGAAAUGGCAGUAGGGGAACUGGUGGAUAUGCUGGAUCUGCUGGGAGUAGGCCCUGAAUCGACAUCAUGAGUUAAAGGAGAGAAGUUGAUCAGCUAUGUUGACAGAGUAGUAUGAUACCCGGAGCAUUGCCCGUUGGAUACGACAAUUGAGUCCACCGGUCUUGAUCCUUUCGCCUCUGCGGUGAGUAGCAAAGAGGCUCCCUGCGGAGGGCAUCUAUCUGUCGUCGCAAUCGCGUCUCUGUGCUGUAUAAGAAUGAUGGCCACCCCAACCUAUCUAGCCCAUCAUAUCGCUGUAUGAUAGCAGACAGUAACCUCACAGCAUGUACCCUGCCAAUAACCAAGAUGGGCACUGAAG